AUGUCUUCAUCAACUUCUGCUUCUGCUCCUACUCCUGCUCGAUCACUAUGCGUUAAGGAUGCUCUGGGAAAGAAGGGCAAACUUGCCCAAGAAUAUUAUGAAAUAUUCAAUACGCGUUUUUGGGAUGCUCCUAGUGAUGAGUACAAUAUAGAAUCUGAAACAAAUAAACGGAUUCAGAACAAUGAGAUUCUCAAGGGUGCAAAUUCAGAUGGAGCCAUCAGCUCAAAUUGGUAA